UGUCUUGUGUUUGGGGAAAAUAUCCUCACACUCAAAGCUCCAGUGUCGAGAUCCAUUUCUAACAAACAGGUUUUGCAAGAAAGGGCUCGGGGAGAAAGAGACUUUUUGUGUGUGUGCCUAUCUUUGUGUGUGUGUGUGUGUGUGUGUGUGUGUGUGUGUGUGUGCCGCCACAGCUGUGUUUCAGACGUCACUAUACUUUUUGUUUGAUGUGUCUGAAACCUCAAAUACUAAGCUGUGUAACUGUGUUACAGCAGUUAUGUCAAAGAGCUGAAGACAUCUCUAACAAUAUGGAGUCUGGAGAGCGGCUGGCCUCCCCUGCGCCCACCCUGUCUGCUGCUCGCACCUCCUCCCCUGCGGCCUCUUCCUCCUCCUCCUCCUCUUCGUCCUCUGCAUCAUCCCCUGCUCCCCACUCUAAGAGCAGCCUGGCCCCGAGCCCCUCAGCACUGGGAUCCAACCUCAGCACCUCUGGCCGUCUGUUUGGGGCAGGAGAGCAGCCCUUCAUUGGCUCCACGUUGUCAAGUGCCUUCCCUCUGGUCAACCACCCAGCCUUCGGAGCCCUCUACUCUGCCGGAGCAGGCAGGCCCGAGUUCGGAGGCCUGGGUUCCCUGGGCAUGUCAGCUGCUCUGGCUGCCCAUCCCCAGCUAGGAGCUCUCUCUGAGUGGUGGCGAGCUGCUGAAGCCCAUGGACGGGGGGCUGCUGCCUUUCUCCCCUCUUUCAUCAGCUUCCCUCCCUUCUUCAGCCCUCACAUUCAGCCCAACCACAGCGCCAGUCCUGUUCAGAUCAGGAUGCCCGGCAAAAAUAGCCAUGCCCCACCUAAAGGGGUAAACGGGGCAGUAAACGGCAGCGGGGUCUUUCCUCCCACCACACAAUCAGGGAGCUUUUCUGCGAGUCCGGCUCCUGUUCAGGCAUCGGCCAAGCCAACCAAAAAUGCAGAUCCUUCUAACAGUCACCGAAGCAAUCCAGCAGAGUUGGAAGACAAGCCGAUCCACAGACCUAAAGAGAAGAAGCCACGGAAGAAGGCAGCAGACGCUUGUGUGGCCAGCAACAGUGAGUCAGGCACUUCCUCAGACAGCUCAAGUGACGGGUCCCUCAGCAGUGAUCUGGAAGACCUAGCAGAGGAUGACGAAGACGACGAUGAUGACGACGAGGAUGACGAAGAUGAGGACAAGCAGAGUGAAUUAUCAGACUCUGAGAAGCGGUCAAAGAAGAAAACAAAGGUUUUGAUACCAAGCACUGGAACUACAAAGACUAACAGACCACUUUCUGGGGAACCCCACGACAAUAAAGACGCCAAGGCCCAGAAGGUCUCCUCCAACCCCCCAAAUCUCGUGCCCUUCACCUGCUCUGCCUCCCCUCCCGCCUUGUCCCAAACCUCGCCGCUGGCCCUGCACAGCUCCAGGUCCCGGACAGAGGGGCCACAGCAACACUUCAGUGUGAUCCAGUCCACUGGCCUGGCUGCCAACUCAAAGCCCCUGGCACUCCUCUCUCAGCCCCGCAGGGAGUUCUCACCGUCUUCAUCCCCCAUAGCCCUCACCACAUCUCCAAAGGCCCUCUCCAGCACUGCUUCCCACAAACCUCCCAAACUGUUGCCCCCCUCUUCCCCCCAGCACCUGCCCCUCUCCCUCUGCUCCUCCCCUAAGCCUCUCUCCGUGCCCUCCCCACCUCGUUCCCAGAAGUCCUUGCUGAAGCCUCCUCGGCGCGCUCCUCCUGGCUCUGCCAAAUCCAACAAAAGGAAACAGCUGGAAGCUUCACUUGCGCAGAUCAGUGAGUUCAGGCUAAAACAGACUCUCAUGUCCCAAGGGCAGACAUUCCCAGCUGAGCUAAAGAAGCAGCAGCAAGGUCCAAACAAGUCUCCCAAGAGGACAUCUCUGUCUCCAUCGCCAUUGCCACCCGCUCCGCCUCCUCCACCCCAGAACAAUCACUCCAACCUCUUCCUCUCGAGUGCCCUGCUGGGGCUCCCUGAACCCCAUCACCCCAAUGGAGUCAUCCAAAGCAUCACUCAGGACGCACCUUUGGCCCUCAUCACCAAACCUCGCAAAGACUCCGCCUCUCAAGGCAAGUCUCCUCAGUGCGACUCUGAUGCCGGGUCGAUGCCUGUCAAUCUGAGCACAGGGGCGAGCAGGACCCAAGCAACAGCCCAGACUGGACCUCCGUCACAGCCCUCCACUACCUCACCCCAUGCCACAGGCCAUGGAUCCAGAAAGAACAAGACCGCCAAGGGUAAGGCACAGACACCAGGGCUGGGACAAGGACAGGGACAGGCAGACCCUUUAGCUGCCUGGAAGGGCUUCUCUCAGAACCAUCUGGUACAGUCUCUAGUAGAUUUGUUUCGUGGAGGAGAGCCCGGGACUGGGAUUCCUGGAGUUAGUAUCCCUGGAGUUGGAAUUCCCGGAAUGGGGAUCCCUGGGAUGUGUAACCCCACAGCCGGACUCCCGGCUAACAAGGAAUCCGACGACUCGGGAGAUGACGAUGAUGAUGAGGAUGACGACCUUGAGGAGGAGGAAGAAGAGGAUGAAGAGGACUCAGAUGAUAGUCUGUCAGAGUCUGACAGCAACUCCGACAGCGACGUCUCUGGUAAGAAAGUGAAGGAGUUAAAGCUGCUGCCGUCUGGGUCAUCUAAAAAGGAGAUGACUCCUCGCAGGCUAACCAAAGGCCCAGAACUACUGAACACCUCGACAAAUCACACCGCCACCAGCUGCUCCCCUCUCAACCUACAGGUCAUCAAGACUCCCACCAUUGUCACCGGCUCCAGUGCCUUGGCCUACCACAGCUCUCCAGGCUCUUCCUCCUACAGCCUAGCCUCUCCAUUAGGCUUAGGGAAGAGGAAGAGGGUGAUGGAUGAGAAGGAGUUGAUGAUACCUCUGGAGUUGGGGUGGCGGAGAGAAACAAGAAUCAAAUCAGUGGCCGGGCGGUCACAGGGCGAGGUGGCCUACUACGCCCCGUGUGGCAAGAAACUAAGACAGUACCCAGAUGUGAUGAAGUAUCUAUCGAGAAAUGGAAUAAGUGGCAUCACGCGCGAUAAUUUUAGCUUCAGUGCAAAGAUAAGGGUUGGUGACUUCUAUGAAGCCAGAGAAGGACCCCAGGGUUUACAGUGGAGCCUGUUGAAGGAAGAAGAGGUCAUUCCACGUAUUUUGGCGAUGGAAGGUCGCAGGAGUCGCCCCUUGACUUCAGACCGCCAGUUAGCGGGCGAAGGUGGCAAAGGCUCCCGACGGAGGAAGGGACGGCCCCCUAAUGUGGGCGAUCCGCAGGUGCCCGAGGGCCCCAGUCCCAGUGAGGUCAAACUCCUGCGCAAACUAGAGGCUCAAGAAAUAGCCCGACAGGCCACCCAGAUGAAACUGAUGAGAAAACUGGAAAAGCAGGCACUGGCGCGGGCAGCCAAAGAAGCUCGGAAACAUCAAGCUAUCAUGGCGGCGGAGGAGAGACGGAAGCAGAAAGAGCAGAUCAAGAUUCUCAAGCAGCAGGAAAAGAUCAAGCGCAUUCAUCAGAUUCGGAUGGAGAAGGAACUGAGGGCACAGCACAUUGUGGAGGCCAAACGGAAAAAAAAAGAAGAAGUCAACAAUGCCAAAAUAUUGGAGGCUGAAAAACGGAUAAAGGAGAAAGAGUUGAGGAGACAGCAGGCAGAGAUCCUCAAGCACCAGGAGUUGGAGAGGCAUAGACUAGAUAUGAAUGCAUUGCAAAGGCUGCUAGCCAAUCCCCACUCACUGUCUCAAAUCCACAGAGUGCUGGACUUUAACCUGCCCCAUCCCAGCCUCUCUGUCAUUCACUGUUCCUGGAGAGGAGGAGGGCAACAUGUAAUGCUGAUGAAGGCGGUUGAGGCUCGCAAGAAAGCAGAGGAGCGUGAGCGCUUGCGGCAGGAGAAAAGGGAUGAGAAGCGCCUGAACAAAGAGCGUAAACUGGAGCAACGGAGGCUAGAAAUGGAGAUAGCGAGGGAGCUGAAGAAGCCAAAUGAAGACAUGUGUCUGCCUGAUCACAAGCCUCUCCCUGAGUUCUCCCGGAUUCCUGGACUCAUCCUCCCAGGACGCGCCGUGUCUGACUGCCUGAUGCUGAUGCAGUUCCUGCGAGGCUUCGGCAAGGUUUUAGGCCUCGAUUUGAAUGCGGAUGUGCCCACGCUGGGCAUGCUGCAGGAGGGCUUGCUCAACGUCGGGGACAGCAUGGGCCACGUCCAGGACCUUCUGGUCAAACUGCUUUCUUUGGCAGUGUGUGAUCCUGGUUUGCCACCUGGACAAAAGACCAAAACCAUGCUGGGGGACCACCUGACCAACGUUGGCAUCAACAGGGAUAAUGUGUCUGAGGUGCUGCAGAUGUACAUGGGAGCCCAUUGUGCCAAUACAGAGCUGGCCCCUCUGGCCCUCAGUCUCAAGACCAAGGCCUUCCAGGCCCACAAGCCUUCCCAGAAGGCAUCAAUUCUGGGCUUCCUGGCUAAUGAGCUGGCCUGCAGCAGAGCUGUUAUCAGUGAGGUUGACAAGAGCCUGGACCAGAUGGCAAACAUGAGGAAGGACAAAAUCAUUAUGGAGGGGAAACUGAAGAAGUUGAGGACCAUUCAUGGCAAACGCACCGGGAGAAGAGAGGCCAGUAUGGGGGUUGAAGAGAACCAGUCCAUCGGCACUCCGUCCUCUGCCAUCAAGCGCAAGAGGAAACUGGGCGGAGACAGCGACGACGAGGAAGAAGAGGAUGACGACAGUGAUGACCCGGCAGAGGAUGAAGAUGAGGAGGAGGAAGAAGAAAUAAAGAAGGUUAAAAAAGUGGAGACAUAUGAGGAGGAGGAAGUUGACCAUGCCACCAGUCUGGAGGAGCUGGAGAAGCAGAUAGAGAAAUUAGCCAAGCAACACCAUCAGACCAGGAGGAAGCUGUUUGAAAUCUCCCAUUCUCUGCGCUCCAUGAUGUAUGGCCAGGACCGUUACCGCCGCCGGUACUGGGUACUUCCCCACUGUGGAGGGGUCUUCAUUGAAGCCAUGGAGAGCGGAGAAGCUCCAGAGGAACAGGAGGAGGAGCGACAGAGGAGGAGGAGAGCGGCAGAGGAGGUCAAGGUCAAGGAGGAACCUCAGGAGAUCGAGUUGCAGAAGGAGAAACCCACCAACCUCGAUGGGCAGAGCAUUCAAACGCGAGGCCUGGACCACGAGACAGAGGAGGAAAAAAAGCACGAGAGGAAGAAAAACGCCCUCUUCUACCAGCAGCCAGGCUGUGUUUCCAAACUGUGCACAUUCCAGGACGCCAACAAGGACGUCGGCAAAGAAACGGGGAUGGCAGAGGACAAGGAGAGUCCCCAUGUGAGACAAAACGGCACGAGCCCCUUGGGCACUCCUGUUGCCACAACCACAGGAACAUCAUCCUCCCCCCCUCACAAUACCUCUCAGCCAGCAGUAGCAACAACCCACUCCAUGGUGACCACUAAUGACACUACAAGCAUCCCUCCCCCAGCCUCAACCUCUUUAUCAGUCCCUUGCCUGCCAGCCCCACGUGAAAGCUCAGGGAACACUCCUCCAACCUCCUCCCCAGCUCCAUCUCCGUACCUCUCAUUCCAAGCCAACGACCAGCUGCUCAGAGUCCUGACAGAGAGGAGCGGACACUGGUUCAGUCUGCUCCCUCGCAACCCCUGUGACCUCACUUCCAUCACCACGCCUCCUCCAGGAGUGCCCCGUGUGUCCCCCCAGGCAUCCUCCACCCCAGCCAGGCCCAGAUCCCCACCUCAGUCCCCCGCCCUGCCUCUCACCCCUUCUGCUGCCUCAGCCUCUGUCAGCCCGCACCAUCCGGCUGGCCUCCUCAACUACCCACUAUCUGCCCUGCAGGUGAAGUCUGGUGCUUCAUUGCUCGGAGUUUCCUUCGGAGGCUGGCCCUGUGGCAUGAUAAGUCCCAGUCUGCCUCUGUGCAGCAGCCCCAAUCCCAUGCUGGGUCACUCUCUGGAGGGCAACACAGCAGCAAGUGUCUCCAGCAAGAGUGAAUCACCUUUACCUUGCAUUGAGAAAACCUCAUCCAUGUCCUCUCCUGCCCUGGAGAUGCCCAAAUCCCAAGACCACACCACACCUCGGCCUAUUCCAGAGGAGAAUCUGACAGGGUGGUGGCGGGUGUCUAACAUCGAGCAGCUGAGGGCUUUAGUCAGCGCUCUCCACAGCCGGGGCAUAAGAGAGAAAGGCCUCCAGAGGCAAAUGCAGAAAUACACAGAGAUCAUCCCCCAGGUUUGCACCAAACACAGAGACGUGGCCAUGAUCGAGCUGCGUGAGCUGGAGGAGAGCCAGGUCAGUGUGGAGUCUGUGCGGGGCUGGUGUGUUGAGGAGCAGGCGAUGGAGAUGGACAUUGCUGUGCUGCAGCAGGUAGAGGAGCUGGAGAGGAAGGUCACCGCCGCCAGCCUGCAGGUCAAGGGCUGGACAUUUCCGGACCCUCAAUCCGAGCGAGAGGACCUGGUGUAUUAUGAGCACAAGCCCCCCACCAAACCAACGCCAAGGUCUGCCAACGCGGGAGACAAGGAGCACCCGGAGGAGCGGGCAGAGAAGGGCGGGGUGAUGCGUCACAUGGACAACCCGCUGGACAUAGCAGUGACACGUCUGGCUGAUCUGGAGCGCAACAUCGAGAGAAGGUACCUGAGGAGCCCCUUAGGUACCACCAUUCAGAUCAGGCUGGAUAAUGUGGGUACGGUCACUGUCCCUGCUCCUGCCCCAUCCACUAGUGCUGACAGGGAAGGCAGCGAGGAGGAGGUGGCCCACGGCAUGAAGGUGUGGAGGAAGGCUCUGACUGAAGUGCGUAGCGCUGCCCAGUUAGCCAUGUGUAUCCAGCAACUGCAGAAGUCUAUCGCCUGGGAGAGGUCCAUCAUGAAAGUGUACUGUCAGAUGUGCAGGAAAGGAGAUAACGAGGACCUCCUCCUGCUGUGUGACGGCUGUGACAAAGGCUGCCACACUUACUGUCACAAACCCAAGAUCACCACUAUCCCAGAGGGAGACUGGUACUGCCCUGCCUGCAUAUCCAAGGCAAGUGGACCAUCUCCCAAAAACAAAAAACCUCCAAGCAAACCAGCAACAUCAAGCGGAGGAGGUGCUAAAAAAGGUGGAGAGGGGAAGAAGAACGGGAAGCAGGCAGGUAACGGAGAGGUAGCGGAGGACGACCCGGCCAGCACCAGCAGCACGCCCAAGAAAGGAGCAAAAGACACCAACAGGAAGAGGAAAGCCGAGGAAAGCUUGCCUGCUCCGCCAGCAGCCAAUCAGGAGAACCCUGUGUGUGUGAAGAGAGCCAAGACGGCUCGAGACAACAACAGGGACCUGGGAUUAUGCAGGGUGCUGCUUGCUGAGUUGGAGCGGCAUCAGGAUGCAUGGCCUUUUCUCACACCCGUCAACCUGAAAUCGGUCCCCGGCUACAGAAAGGUCAUCAAGAAAUCGAUGGACUUCUCCACCAUCCGUGAGAAGCUUGUGAACAGCCAGUAUCAAAACCUUGAGACCUUCAUCAUUGACGUCAACUUGGUCUUUGAUAACUGUGAAAAAUUCAAUGAAGACAAUUCAGACAUUGGUCGAGCUGGACAUAACAUGAGGAAGUUCUUUGAGAAGCGCUGGACCGAGCUUCUGAAACAAACAAUCUAAAGGUCUGUUUCAGAUUCUCUCCAGAAAACCCAUUCAACUUUUCAUACCGGAGCACCAGGUUUUACAUUUGUUUUGAUUUUCUGAUGGAGAAUGUGGCUUUGCAGGAUGGAAGAAGUAAAAUCCGUAAUAAGAAAUCCUGGGUGUGCAUAAGAUGAGAUGUCACCUUGGGGGAGAAGGAAAAAAAAAGUCAUUACAUGAGGUGCGCUGGAUUUUAUUACAACAGGGAUAAAAGCCCCAAAGAGUCCCGUAGAAAUGGGGUGUUGUAGUGCAAUACCAUUCCCUGUCUCAGAACACUGCACUGAAUUAAUCCUCAACUGUCACUGAUGUGUCUGCGCUAGAAGACUUUCCACUACUUGUAAAUAUUCUUUUGUUAUUUAAUCGUAUUAUAGUGAAUGUAUUUAAUUUUGUAAUAAUUAUUUAUGAAUCAAGGUCCACUUCAUUUUCUAUGAAAAGGAAGAAUCAGCUGAACUGCUUUGAAUUAAAAAGGAAUGUGUCUUUGUGUUAUAAUUUUUUCUCCCAAAUAUUAAACAAAGCCAAGAAAAAAAGAAAACUGUUUACACUGUUCAGUGCUUUGGGGCAUCAGAGGACUGUAUUCAUAUGUUCAAACUGUAAAACUGCAUUUAUUUACAGGAACAGCAGACGGACAGUUAGACAAUGGUGAUUCAUGUGUAUAUACUGUUUAUUAAUGUCAAUAUUAUGUCUUGUUUGGAACGAUGUGUAAAAAUUGUUUAAGAAUAUUAAGAUAUUGUUUAUGCCUUAGAAUGAUUGUAGCAUUCUAUUUUAGUGAACGUGAUGAAAACAUUAUCAUAAAUAUUGUUUGUACAGUAUAUACAUAUCCUCUGCAAACACUGUGGUAUCCUUAAUCUUGGUAGUGCCUACCCUUCCAACAGGGGCAUGUAGGGGAUGUUAUUGUUUUUAGUUUUCAUUCUUAUGACAACAUCCGUUUUUUUUUAUAUGAUUUCAAUCCAACAAGGCCUCCAAAGUUGGACAGUGAUACAGAAAUCAUUCCUCACCAUAGCAGAAAAAAAGGAACAACAAGCAUUCAGUUAUGCUUCCAUGAUGCAUUUCCUCGUAAUCUGCCACAAUACAGAGGACCUAAGGCCAUUUGUAACCACUGUGUUGAACCUUGCUGUGUGUUGUGGCCUGAUGGAGGCAGCUAGAUUUUUUUGUACCCAAGUCAAGAGUACUUGAAGUUACUUUAUUUAAGAUAUUGUGGAAUAAAAGUAUCAUUCUUUUGUAGGAGCUUUAUUUUUCACUAGUGUGUGGCACGGACCUAUUAAAAGGAUGUUUUCAACGUAA